CACGCCUCUAAUUUCAAACCCUUUACAAUACCACUCAUCUAAUCACCACGGCCUCCCUUGCUAAAUACAAGUGGUAUGUCUGGUAUUUGCGUGAGGUAGCUAAUGGCCGCCUGGAGCUGCCUCCUUACGAAGAGAAUGAGAACGGCUCUAUCAAAGUCUAUUAUGGGGAGCUUUUCUGUCGCGUCCCGGACUGUUCAAAGCCCAGUUAGAAAAAAUAUACUGCAACCAACAAUCUUCGCACCCACCUCGAAAAGCCAUGGUGAUAUAAGUAUGGAGAGCGGAAAUACUGGUGGUCGAGUGGCUCAGAAAGCAGUCGAUGAGGCUGUUAGAUGGUACAAGGGGCUCUUCUCUGGGGUUGAGCUACAAGAUGGCGGUGAAGCAAGUACUGGAGAUACUAGCUCAUCGCGUGCUAUUGACGAAAGUCUUCCUCCCCUUCCACUUAGAAAAGAUGGUGCAGGAAGUAGUUUCUAACUAAUUAUUGACUGCUUGGCAACUACUCAUCGAGUACUUAGGUUCAUGUCACGAAUAUGCAUAAGAAGGUUAGUGAAAU